AGAGGCUGCUGUCACCAUGAGCCACCUCUUCAGUCCCCCGCUGGCCGCUCUUGCUGCCUCGCCGUUGCUGUACGUGUACAGCCCCGAGAGGCCCGGGCUGCCCCUGGCCUUCACCCCUGCCGCUGCGCUGACCGGCCCUGGCCGCGCUGAGCCCCCGCAGAAGCCGCCCUACAGCUACAUCGCGCUCAUCGCCAUGGCGAUCCAGGACGCGCCCGAGCAGAGGGUCACAUUGAAUGGCAUCUACCAGUUCAUCAUGGACCGUUUCCCCUUCUAUCACGACAACCGCCAGGGUUGGCAGAACAGCAUCCGCCACAACCUGUCGCUCAACGAGUGCUUCGUGAAGGUGCCGCGUGAGAAGGGGCGGCCCGGCAAGGGCAGCUACUGGACGCUGGACCCUCGCUGUCUGGACAUGUUCGAGAACGGCAACUACCGACGCAGGAAAAGGAAGCCCAAACCCGCCGCGGGUUCCCCGGAGGCCAAGCGCAACCGGGCGGAGCAACCGGAGCCCGAAGCGGGCUGCAAUUCAGGGUGUCCGGGCCUGGUUACUGCACGCCCUCCGCGCGCACCGGAUCGUGCUCAGUCCCCGACGGGAGGCACCGCGCGACCCGCGCUCCUUCCCUGGUCCCGCCCCGAGCCCUGGGACCCCGACGCGGACAGCACAGCCCAGGGCGCCGGGGCAGUGGCGGGUGGCCAGCGUGAGCACACUGUGCACCGCCCGGGAUCCCCUCUGCGCCCCGCCCCUAGCGGCUCCCCCAAGGGUUCCAAGUCUAAGAGCUUCAGCAUCGACAGCAUCUUGGCCGGGAGGCCAAAGCCGGCCUCAGGGGCGGAGGCCUCGGGGGUCCCAAAGUCCGUGCCGGGCUUGCUGGGCGCCUCGCUGCUGGCCUCCUCUUCCAGCCUACCACCUCCCUUCAACGCUUCGCUGGUGUUCGACCCUCACGUCCAGGGCGGCUUUUCCCAGCUGGGAAUCCCCUUCCUUUCCUAUUUCCCUCUGCAGGUCCCUGAGGCGGCCGUGCUUCGCUUCCAAUAAGGCGGAUCAGCAGCUGCUUCCCCGCCCCGCGAACCCCCACCUCCAGCGAGCAAAGGCCGCGGCUACCGCUUGCCUGCGGGUGAAAAAGUAACCUCGGUCUCUGCCCUGGCCACUGUGGGUUUAGAACAGCAUACCCACGCCGGCCAAGCUCGGUGCACAGCGGGAUCACGUCGGUCUGCCUUCUCUGAAGAUGACUUAACCAGCGGCGGGUAGCUUUGCAGACUUAAAAAACCUGUCCAGGAGAGGACGUGGAUCACAGCCCACUCAACACUAACAAUCACCAGCAGAAGCCCGUUGGCCCGUUGGGUCGUUGGCGUUUUUUACAAUGGCCUGACCCUCUUUGCGCACCACAGGUCCUUACUAGGACCGGAGUCUCCUGCUGAACUCGAGGGCAGGACUUCCAGGCAUAGCAUACAUUUCUACACGGAAAUUCCACUGGACCGUGGACAGCUCAGCGGAUUCCUUGUGACCCACGUCUUGGCUGUGACCUCUUUGGAUGAUGGGAGCUUGCGUCCAGGAUGCAGGGGAUGAUCCGUGGUUCCCAGGGUGUGGGAGAGAUGUAGGCCUGGUUAUCAUUCACAACUAAGGCUAAGAAAAGCCAGGCAGAGCAGCAACACUCAAUAUGAAGAGACAAACCUUCUUCUACACUAAAAGAACAUUUGUUCUUGGCUUAUGAACCAGACUAGUGGCUUCUUUCAAAGCACCCCAUAUUUGGCCGGCACUCACGGCUUAAUGUGGCACUCCAGUGCCUUCUACAGCAGCGUAGCCUCUGUUAGUUUGUGCUUUUCUUUGUAAGGGACCAAACAAUUUCAGAUUUCAGGGGACACAGCAGGGUGUGUGUGGAGUUAAUACGCCUCAAGGUCAGAAUUUUUAUUUCUGUGGUUUUUCAAGCUCUAACUUUCUUUUUUUUUUCUCUCCAUUUUCCAGACUCACAUAGUAAAGGACACCAUGUAAUCAGGAAGGCUGGGGAAACAAGCACACUCCUGUCUGAUCUGGGACGGAAGUGCCUCUGAACAGCACAGCCUCCAGGCGGCUCAGCCUGAGGCACCCCAAGUCAGCAUUCCCUCCAGGAGACUCUAGAUCCUGACCUUAAAUAAACACAUAGGGGUGCUCAGCGAGUUGGGAGGGUACCAACAAUGAUCUGACUAAGACAACUGAGUUGGUUACAGUUCAGUUCAGCUUCCAGCUUGGGAGGGAAACUGGUAGACCUUCAUGGUGCUUU